UGUUAACAAUGGCUGAAGCUGCUGCUGCUGCCCUCGUCAAAGUCAUUUUUGACAAGCUAGCCGAUGAAGCCUUCAAGAAAUAUGCCCGCUCUCAGAAUAUUCACUCGGAGCUCAAGGAAUUGGGGAUCACGCUGUCCCAGAUCCAAGCUCUGCUUAAUGAUGCUUCAAACAAGGAAAUAACUGAUGAGUCUGUCAGACUAUGGCUCAACCGUCUCCAACAUCUGGCUUACGAUAUCGAUGACAUGCUCGAUGAUGUGGCUACUGAAGCUAUGCAUCGUGAGCUGACCCUGGAAUCAGAAGCAAGCACCAGCAUGGUAAGAAAGUUCAUCCCAACUUGCUGCACAAAGUUCUCACUAAGCCAUAGGCUGAGUCCCAAGUUAGACAGUAUUACCACUCAGUUGCAACAUCUAGAAAAACAAAAUCCUGGUUUGAUUGUGAAAGGUGAAAAGCCAAAAAUUAAUACUAAUAGAAGAAACGAAACCUCUUUGCCAGAACGUGAUGUUGUUGGAAGAGAAGUUGAGACAAAGAAAUUGCUCAACCAGUUGUUAGUAGGUGAAUCAUCUAAGGAAAACUUUAGUAUCUUACCCAUAGUUGGUUUGGGUGGAGUGGGAAAGACCACUCUGGCUAGAAUAUUGUAUAACGAUACGCGGGUGAAGGAUCACUUUGAACUCAUGGCUUGGGUUUGUGUUUCCGAUGAGUUUGAUGUAUUCAAAAUAAGUGAAACCAUCUUUGAAUGUGUGGCUACAGAAAACAAACAGUUCAAAGAUGUAAAUCAGCUUCAAAUUGCUCUUAGAGAGCAAUUUAAGGACAAACGAUUUCUGCUAGUACUUGAUGAUGUGUGGAAUCAAAACUAUGAUGAUUGGGAAAUACUAGUGCGUCCAUUUCAUUCUGGGGCUGCUGGAAGUAGGGUAAUCAUGACAACGCGCCAGCAGGAUCUGCUUAAAAAGAUAGGUUUUAAUCAUGUAGACAAUCUCGAGAGUUUGUCGCAUGAAGAUGCUUUGUCUUUGUUAGCUCUACAUGCAUUAGAUGUAGAUAACUUUGAUUCGCAUGAAACACUUAAACCACAAGCUAAAGGUAUCGUGAAAAAGUGUGGUGGUUUGCCUUUAGCUUUAAAGGCAAUUGGAAGAUUACUCAGAACAAAAACCGAGGGAGAAGAAUGGGAUGACGUGUUGAAAAGUAAGAUAUGGGAUUUAGAAAAUGCUGAUGCAAUUGUUCCAGCCCUAAGGCUAAGCUACCAUGAUCUUCCUGCUGAUUUGAAGCGCUUGUUUGCAUACUGCUCUUUGUUCCCAAAGGACUUUAUGUUUGACAAGGAGGAGUUGAUAUUACUAUGGAUAGCUGAAGGGUAUCUGAACGAGUCAACUGCAAACAAAUCACCAGAACGCUUGGGCCAUGAAUAUUUUGAGAAAUUGCUAUCAAGGUCCUUUUUUCAACCCGCACCUAGUGGCGAACCCUUUUUUGUGAUGCAUGAUCUCAUGAAUGACUUGGCCACAUUUGUUGCUGGAGAAUAUUUUUUGAGGUUUGACAGUCAGACGGAGACGGCAGAGGAAGCUUUAGGCAAGUACCGACAUAUGUCAUUUAUGCGUGAGCACCAUGUGGGUUUCCAGAAGUUUGAGGCAUUUCAAAGAGCAAGAAGUUUGAGAACCCUGUUAGCUGUAUAUGUUGGGGUAGAGCAAAGCUGGAACAAGUUUUACAUAUCCAAUAAAAUUUUGGUUGACUUAUUUCCUCAGCUAACACUGUUACGGGUUCUUUCUUUGAGUCGUUUUGAUAUAAGUGAGGUACCGGAUUCCAUUUGUAGUUUGGACCAUGUGAGGUAUCUUAAUUUGUCUCGAACAAAUAUCUCAAAGUUACCAGAGAAUGUUGGUAAUCUUUACAAUUUACAAACAUUGAUCGUUUUUGGUUGUAAGAGGUUGAGUACAUUGCCUAAAAGCUUCCUAAAGCUCAAAAAGUUGAGGCAUUUUGACAUCAGGGAUACUCCACUUUUAGAGAAGCUACCCUUGGGGAUUGGUGAGUUAAGAAACCUUCAAACUCUCACCAAGAUUAUCAUUGGAGGUGAUGGUGAAUUUGCAAUAACCGAGCUUAAGGGAUUAAAGAAUCUCCAUGGAGAAAUUUCCAUCGAGGGGUUGAACAAAGUGCAAAGCUCAAUGCAUGCACGAGAGGCAAACUUAUUAUUAAAAGGGAUUAAUAAGUUGGAGUUGAAAUGGGAUGAUGGUUCUAUAAGAGAAAUACUUGAGAAGGAGGUUCUCAAUGAGUUGAAGCCCAAUAGUGACAAGUUAGAAAUGCUUGUAGUUGAGUGUUAUAAGGGAAUAGAGUUUCCAAGUUGGGUUGGGGAUUCGUCUUUUCAUCGACUGGUUCAAGUGUCGCUACGCGGUUGUAAAAAAUGUACAUCUCUACCGCCACUUGGGCAGUUACCUUCACUUAAGGAGUUGUUGAUUCAAGGAAUGGAUGAUGUUAAAGUCAUAAGUUUGGAGUUAAGUGGGAGUACUGAUGUUACCUUCCCUUCACUUGAAAUUCUAAGGUUUGAAGAUAUGUCGAGUUGGGAGGUAUGGUCAGCCAAUAGCGAGGAAAUGUUUCCAUGCCUUCGAGAGCUUCAAAUAGAAAUUGUCCCAAUUUGAUUGAUGUCUCACUUGAAGCAUUACCUUCACUAAGGGCUUUAAGAAUAUAUAAAUGUUGUGAAAGUGUGCUGAGAAGUCUGGUUCGAGCAGCUUCAUCAACCACAGAGAUAGAAAUCGGAUCUAUUUUAGGGCUUACGGAUGAGGUGUGGAGAGUUGCUAUAGAGAAUUUUGGGGUGAUGGAAACAGUAAAAAUCAUGGAUUGUGAUGAAAUAAGAUACAUGUGGGAAUCAGAUGCAGAGGCAAGUAAAGUUCUUGUAAAUUUAAAGGAACUGAAGGUAUGGGAUUGUAAAAGAUUGGUGAGUUUAGGAGAGAAAGAGGAGGAUGAGGAUAAGAUUGGGAGCAACCUCCUAUCAUCUCUUAGGACUUUG